AUGCUUGACGACAGCUUCCCCACGUAUCGCAUGCAGGCUUCUGCCGAAGAUGCCCUCCAGACGACUCUGUUUUACACGUACAACGGCUCGGAUCCCCUGCGCGCUUACACCCUCCAAAGACCUGCCCCGGCAUCCUCGGCGAACCAGUAUGCCGUCGCCCUGUUCGACGCCCACUACCAGUCCGUCAUCUACGGCGAGGUGCUGGUGAAGCCCGAGCUCCAGCAACCCACGCUCUCGGCCGCCGAGAUUCGCAACCAAAACGGCUCGCCGCCCGUCUUGCCCAUCACGCCCGACGCCUUCUCCGUGCUGCUGUACAACCCGGACCAGAACGUCGUCGUCAAGCGCAACGCCGGGGGGUGGAACCGCGCUGAUUCGUGGGGGUUUGAGAUUCCCGAGCGCACGUUUAAGCUGCCCAGCGUUAGCAAGCUGGACCAGGAGACGGGGAGCAACGACGUGGCGGAUCAGUCGCCCAAGAUUAUGUUUCACUGGAAGCGGGACGGGCGGCUUAACAGGGACAUGACGUGCUACAUGUCGGGCAAGAGCGUGGGCGGCAAGAAGAGCAAGGAGCCGGAUAUCACGGUGGCCAUGUAUCGUAGCCAGAAGCAAGGGGAUGCCGUGUGCAUCUACGAGCCCAACAUGGCUCGAGUAGAGGUCGAGGACCGGAAGGGUCUCGAAAUCGUGCUGCUGUUGAGUGCCGUCGUCGUCAGAGACUUGCAUUUUGCGCCCAAGCAGGACCCAUUCAACAUCUCCGGCGCGGUUCCUGCAGGAAGAAGAGGCUCGCGGCCGUUGGCACCGUCGCCAAACGACCCGACGCUCGUAUCGGGUGCAUUGGCGGAUACGACCCCAUCACCGGGGCCGGCACACACGCCACCGGCGAGGCCCUCUCCGGCUAGCAAUGCCGCGAGGCAGGCCGAGAUUGAUGCCGAGACGCGCAGGCUGCAGGCAAUGGUGGCCGAAGAAGAGCGACAGCGCCGCGCGCGGCUCGCUCGGGAGGAAGAAGAGAAGACGCGGAGGAUGCUGCGGCAGGAGGAGGAAGCUCAGCGGCGGCGGAAGCAAGCCGAGAUCGAUGCCGAGACCGAGCGGCUUCGUCGAGAGUACGGCGUGCCGGCCCCUCGGCCAGCACAGGCGUCUCCUCCGCUCCCGCAGCGGCCUUUUGGAGCACCGGCGUCGGCGGCGGCCAUGUCUGGUGCUUUGGGUGGCGGCGGCUGGUAUGGCCCGCCCGUCGUGAACAAUCUCCAGCCUCCGCCUCCGCCGCGGCCCAACAGCGUAGGGCCGGGCCCGUCUACGCAGCAGCAGCAGAACGGGCGCAACAAGCUGAGUCCUUAUUCGGGACCGUUGGGGGCGCGGGCGAGUGCCAUUAGCUUUUUCGGGGGAGGCAAGACGGAUGAGGAGAAGAGGAAGAAGAUGAAGAAGAAGCAGAGCGUGCAUUUCUAG